CGCGAAACAAGGCAGCCGUGGCGCGCGCGCAGCUGAAACCAGUCGGUCGCUAACAGUGAACAGCAGAGCAGCAGUAGCGAGCUCGCGAACUCAAAAUGGCGCUUAAGGCACAAGUCGGUCAAAAAAUAAUGAACGAGGUGAUAAAGCAGAAGAAGAAGGGCGCCGCCAACACGGAAUGGCGCAUAAUGGUGGUCGAUCAACUGGCGAUGAGGAUGGUCUCGGCGUGCUGCAAGAUGCACGACAUCAGCGCGCAGGGCAUCACUCUCGUCGAGGACAUCCAGAAGCAACGCGAGCCGCUGCCCUCGAUGGAGGCCGUCUAUCUCAUCACACCCAGCCAAAUGUCCGUGAGCAAGCUCAUCGGCGACUUUGCCAAUCCAUCCCGGCCGAUGUACAAGGGCGCUCAUGUUUACUUCACCGAAGUGUGCCCCGAGGAGCUGUUCAAUGAAAUUUGCAAGCAUAUCUCCGCAAAGAAAAUCAAAACGCUCAAAGAGAUCAACAUUGCGUUCUUGCCCUACGAGUCUCAGGUUUUCUCAUUGGAUUCCAAAGAGACGUUCGCGUGCUUCUACAAUCCAUCACUGGUCGGUGUACGAAGCGCAAACAUGGAGAGAAUUGCCGAGCAAAUUGCCACUUUGUGCGCCACACUCGGCGAGUAUCCUUCGGUCAGAUAUCGAAGUGAUUUCGAUCGCAACGCCGAACUGGCUCAGAUAGUCCAGCAGAAGUUGGACGCUUAUAAAGCUGAUGAACCGACGAUGGGUGAAGGUCCCGAAAAAGCACGGUCUCAACUUUUGAUUCUCGAUCGGGGCUUUGAUUGCGUUUCACCGCUGCUUCACGAGCUUACACUCCAAGCUAUGGCUUAUGAUCUUUUGGAUAUUGAAAAUGACGUUUACAAGUACGAGGCUUCAGCUGGACAAGAGAAAGAAGUAUUGCUCGAUGAAAAUGACGACCUGUGGGUCGAAUUGAGGCAUCAGCACAUUGCCGUUGUAUCACAGAACGUAACGAAAAAUCUGAAAAAGUUCACCGAGUCCAAGCGUAUGCCGGGCAACACUGACAAAGCGAGCAUGCGAGAUUUGUCUCAGAUGAUUAAAAAGAUGCCCCAGUAUCAGAAGGAACUCAGCAAGUACUCUACCCAUCUGCAUCUCGCCGAAGAUUGUAUGAAACGCUAUCAAGCCAACAUUGACAAACUUUGCAAGGUUGAACAGGAUUUGGCAAUGGGUACUGACGCAGAAGGUGAAAAGAUCAAAGACCACAUGCGUAACAUCACACCCGUCCUCUUAGAUCAGACGGUCGAAAGCGCGGACAAACUGCGUAUAAUUGCACUCUACGUGCUCAGUAGAAACGGCCUACCUGACGACAAUUUGAAUCGCCUAAUUCAUCACGCUCAAAUGUCACCUGAAGACAAGCAGACUAUUGUCAACAUGGCUAAUCUUGGACUGAAUGUCGUUGUCGAGGGUAAUCGUAAGAAAGUUUAUAACAUGCCUAGAAAAGAGAGAAUUACCGAACAAACUUACCAGAUGAGUCGUUGGACUCCUGCCAUCAAAGACAUUAUGGAGGAUGCCAUCGAGGACAAUAAACUUGAUCAAAAGCACUUUCCAUUCUUGGGUGGACGAACUGCUGGAUCUAGCUAUCAUGCUCCAACGAGCGUUCGUUAUGGUCACUGGCACAAGGAAAAGGGUCAACAAACUGUAAAAAACGUCCCACGUUUGAUUGUCUUCAUUGUCGGUGGUGUUUGCUUUUCAGAAAUUCGUUGUGCCUACGAAGUUACGAAUAACGCCAAGAACUGGGAAGUCAUCAUCGGCUCAUCGCAUAUUAUUACACCAAAAUCCUUCAUAUCUGAGCUCGCAAAAUUACACAUAAACGUCGGUGCUUAAAUGGCUCCUAAAAAUUAACGACACAUGUUGAACAUUCCCCGCUCACAUUUCAAUGUAAUAAGCUAAGCCUGCAUUAUGCUUGAACUGUAACCCCGAAUUCAUCGUCGUCAUCCCCACAUAAAUAUCAUCGAUGGUAGUCGUCCAUCAAAAAUUUGAAAACAAUCUGUAAUUGGUUUCUUGUGUAACUUGAUCCUUUCUUUUUCUAUUAUUAUCUUAUACAAAGAUUCAUCGGUGAUGAUCGUCAUUUGAAUCGUAACAAAAAAGCGUAAUCGGCUUGAUUAUAUAUCUUUUAAUUCCAUCAUCACUAACAUAACAUGCAUAUGAAAAUCGAUCUGUGGUAAAUGUUAGCCAAAUGACGAAAGAGAUCAAGAUCCAACAAUAACUGUGGGAAAUAUAUCGCCAACCAAAAAAAGAAAUGAAAAUUGUAAACCAAAUCAAUUUUAGCUAAUUUAUUAGCAAGAUAAUGCACUUGAGUCAAUUCAAAUAGCAGCAAUUAAAUGCUAUUACGAGAAAAAAGAAGUGAAUGAUAAAGAUUAGAAAUGAAUGGCAUUGGAAUAUCUUUAAAAAGUUGAGAGUGAAAGAGAGCAAGUUAUGAAUUAACAGACUUAUAUGUAGAUAGUCGACAGAAUGUGUUUUUUUCGAGCGCUAAUGGGUUUACCUGGUAAUGAAGUGCCUGUGCAAAAGGAGUCGCGAGACUCUCAACACGAUGGCAAUAUCACUGUAGAACCUUAUUCCAGGUGGGAAAGUUUUUUCUCUAUGUGUCUGGGGAAAAAAUUUAUUAAAUAGUUGUAUAUAUGUAUGUAUAUAUAUGUAUGUGUACACACAUAUACACACAUACAUAUGUAUAUAUAUAAAAUAUAGUGCCGACGGCGAUUAUAUACGUAUUGUAUCUGAUGACACUAAUAUAAUACAUAAUGAAGAAAAGGAAGUCAUGAAUAUAUAAUUAUAGAUAAUUUGUUUCCAGUAACUAUUCAUGCCUAAAUUGUAUGUAUUACCUGAAGAGAAAAACAACCUUUUAUUGUACAUUUUACUUGGCUUUUGUUGUUGAUAAUUACAUUAGAUUUUAAAUAUUGUCUGAUUAAAUGUAAAUUAGGUCGUGAUAAGUUGCAAUUAAUUUCACGUAUACAUUCAGUUGAUGCACUAAAUAACAUUUGAAAUAUUUAGAGAAGAUAAAAUUAUUUAUUUGAUAGAAUAAUAAUAUCAUACUUUUUGAAUAUGUGAAAUUUGAUUAUAAUGAGGCAAUGGACGAGCAAAAGUAUAUAUCAGUACACAUCAAAACCGUGAUUUUAUCGAACGGAUAUCAUAUUAAAAAACAAACAAAAUAUUUCAGAAACAGAAUGAAUAUUGUAUUGACUAGAUUUCAUUGUAACUACAUCAUUUUUGUAAAUUAUUUGUUACAUAGACGUACAGUGAGUUUAUUUCAUGCUUGCUUAAGUUUGUUAUGCAGAAAAUAAAUUAAUUAUCAAGGUCGAUUUACCUGAUCUCACUCAUGUCGACCACUGGAGAAAGCUUAUUAAAAGAAUCGUAUCCUUAAAAGUGUAAUUUGCCAAUGAUUUUUCAAAGUAGAAAGUACGCGUGUAAAUUGCCUUAAAGAUUUUACGUUAUAUAAUGCUAUAAGAUCCUAACGUUUUUGUCCUGGUUAAGAGUGAGAGUUUUCUCGGUCUCUUUCUCUAGUCGUUACUGUCGCGACGGCUUUCCAGUUGAAUUCAUCACUUUUCCUAGCUGUAUAAUUGCAUCUUCAAAGUACGCGACGAUGAUGUAUUAAAAAUAUAAGACUUCAGUUUGACAAACUAAGAUAACAAAUUUCAUACAAGACUUACAUAACGUUUGUCUGGUAAAGGUGAUUCAGUGUAUCAAUUGUCGUUUUUAAAACCAUACUUUUAUCCACGAAGUUUUUUCGUUAUAAUUUUCGAUUCCAACACAUUGGAAAAAUCGUUGAAGAAUCUAUCGUGUAUUUUAUUAUAGCGCUUAGAUUUUAAUUUAACUAUUGGCAUAAAUGUAUGAUUUCGAAACAUAUUGAUACAUUAAAUUACCAAUCGAAAGAGAGUUAGUGUAACGAAGCGUGUUGAAUGAGUAACAUAGCGAAGAAAGUUAAAAUAAAAUGAUAGUUCGUCAAAGUCUUUGAACUUUUAAACACUUACAAUUAUUCAGCUACAUUCUUAGUAUUCUCAGCACUCAAGUCUCUCUUUGAAAAUAAUAAUAAUAUUAAUAAUAACAAUAAUAAUAAUAUUAAUAAUAAUAAUUUAGUGGCGAGAAUAGCAAAAAGUAGACGAUGGUAACGACAUUUGAAGAAAAAAAAAAAACAAAUUACUAGGGGAUCACUUUUUUGGUCAAGUGGACGUUUGCCUGUUAUUCGAUCGUUCAUGAAUUACAGAAAAUAAGUAAAAAGAAAUGAAGUACGUUAUUAAAGCGAACGUUGCGGUUGUACGGCAACUGGAUCAUUAUAGAGUUUACGAUAUUUAUAAAAAAAAUUAUAUGAUUAUUGAACAAACAAAAAAAUAUAUAUUAUACGUAUGUAGCUGUAGCCCAGAGAAAAGUGUUCUGCUUAUAAAAAAAAUGAAUGGUCUACACGUCACUGUAAUAAAUCUUAACUUAUUACUAAACGUCUCUGUUUUACGACCUUCCGACGUCGACUCUCUACACGGUAAUGCAGACUAUGGUCCACGUAUUUGACAUCUUUUCUUUUGUCUUUGUCUUGUACGUCAAUCCAUUAGCUACAACCUACUAUCUAUACCACCUAUCCAUUUCCACGAGGAGAUAGCAUGCUUCUCUUUUGAUUUUGUAACUUUUUUAGCGCCAAUUUUUUAUUUGUCUGUACAUUACGAUAAAAAAAUAAAUUAUUGUU